CCGCGACACGCCUUGUGAAGAGUAACGCCAUUUGUUGACUUCAGUUUUGGCUUGUGACUUUUCCCUGUUUGGAUCUUUUAACCAGGAGAGCGGUUGAGACGAGGGUUCGCCAAGGUCGUCCAAAGUCUUCAAGAUCGAGACAUUUUGGUUUGAUCCGUCCAGACUUUGACCAGUGUCCGGUCCUAAAGUUCCCUUGGUCCAAAAGCCGACGACUUCAGCCUGGGAAACUCACUCACAUGUUUUGACCUUGUUGAGGUCCCGUUGCUGACACCAAACAUCCACUUCGCUGGUUCGACAACUCGAACAACAAAAAGCAUAAGACAACUUCCGACAUUCAUUGAUGACUACCAGGUCAACACCAACGCUAUAAGAUCACCAGUUCCAACCCUCACCCAUGGGUUCACACAACCAUGGCGCUAGCUCUGGCGCAGAGCUCUCCAAUGGUGCCCCGCUGCUGACUGUCAAUGGGAAACCCGUCGAGAAUGGCGUCGUCGACGCGGGGUUGAAGAGCCUAGAUCAUUACCAGAGAGCGCUUCCAAAAUGGCGAUACAACCUACGACAACGACUACUCCCUCUCAUCCGCUGGGAAACCCCAUACCUAGCCAUGCUCCAGGAAAAGUUACGGACACCAGCGUUGGAUAGAUACUUUGCCAUCACGGCCAACCUCGGAACACACACCUUCUUCAUGAUCGGUCUACCAGUCCUCUUCUGGUGCAGUUUCUCCAGCUUCGGCAAGGGCCUUGUCCACAUCCUCGCUGCCGGCGUCUUCUGGACCGGCUUCAUCAAAGAUAUGCUCUCCCUCCCGCGACCGCUCUCCCCUCCUCUCCAUCGAAUCACCAUGUCCGGUUCCGCCGCUCUCGAAUACGGUUUCCCGUCUACACACUCCGCCAAUGCCGUCUCCGUAACCGUCUACUCGAUCCUCGUCCUCCACAGCGACAAGAACACUUUCUCACCCAGCACGACGUUCGCGCUCGAGCUGCUUGCCUACUUCUACGCCUUCUCCAUCGUCUUCGGCCGCCUCUACUGCGGCAUGCACGGCUUCCUCGACGUCAUCAUCGGUUCCAUCAUGGGCGCCGCUAUCUCCUACAUCGAGUUCUACUACGGCCCGCCCUUCCAAGACUGGCUGUACGCCAGCGACUAUCUCGCUCCCAUACUAUUCGCCAUAACCAUCCUUAUCCUCGUGCGCAUCCACCCCGAGCCGGCGGACGACUGCCCCUGCUUCGACGACUCCGUCUCCUUUGCCGGCGUCAUUGUCGGUCUCGAGAUCGGAACCUGGCACUUUGCGCGGUCAAGGUGGAACCACAUUUACAACGGACCCAACGCUCUCUUCGACCUCUCGGCUUUGGGGUGGCCGGUGAUUGUCAUUCGUCUCAUCCUCGGCGUCCUCAUCAUCUUUGCCUGGCGCGAAGUCAUGAAGCCUACGCUGCUCAAAGUCUUGCCUCACCUCUUCCGCGUCAUCGAGACCCACGGCCUCUCACUGCCCCGCCGCUUCUUCAUGCCCGCCAGCGAGUACAAGGACGUCCCGCUCAACCUGCGCGACGACGAGGUUCUUCCCAAAGUCAGCGACAUCCCCCGGAUGAUGCGCAGCAUCCGUGGACCUGGGCGUGGUCGGGCGGUCAGUAUUGGACCACAGAGCGCGGCAGAUGCGUAUGAGACGCUGGCGUAUCGGGAGAGGAAGAGGAGGGAGAGCUUGAGUAGCGAGAAGGGCUCCGGGUUGAAGCAGGCUCAGAGUACUGCUGAGGGCACUGAUGGAGAGGAGUCUAUGGUGGAUCAGACAGCGCAUUCGUCGGGCGUUGAGAAGUACGAGAGGCAGAUGGGUCAGGGGCAGGUGGUUGUGGAGAGCACAGGGAAUUUGAGCCCAAAUUCAUCGGCCGUGGAGGAGCCAGGUAUGUAUCUGGGCCAGAGGGACGAGUUGGGAGAGAGGGAAAUAUUCUCGAAACUCACGAGGCCGAGAGUAAGGUAUGAUGUGGAGGUGGUGACGAAGUUGGUUGUUUAUGCUGGUAUCGGAUGGCUAGCAGUCGACAUGAUCCCUAUAUUAUUCGAGCUCACAGGGCUACUGGGAGCUGGCCAUCUCCCCUUGCCCGUUCCUUCUUCAUGAGCACUGUGGUAUCAGGUUUUGACAAGGUGGUGAGAAGAGGUGGGGGUGUCUUUCUUCAGCUGAGCUUCUUGGCACACUUUUGUUUCUUUUGCUAGUUUAUACAUAUACUAGGUCAUAUGGCGGGGGUUUUGGUAUCAUGUUAUGAUGUUAUGGAUCCAUCUAUGCAGCUAUCUCCUCCACCACUUUUGGGCUAUUGAAGAGACUUUAGAAGUUAAGGAGGGGCUCAUGAGAUGGGAGUGUCCGUGAGAGGCACGGUAAGUGGAUGCUGAUGAGAA